AUGAAUAUUACAGCGCCAGAAGAAAAAACUGUGAGAAUGAAUGCCAUCAACAUUAGAGACAUUCAUAUGAAAAGCAAAGGUCAUAAAUCUAACCGGUCAAAACUGAGGUCAGUCCCACAAAGCCGACGUCGCCGGAACGUAGUGCAGGACUACUACCCACAAAGCAGACGUCGCCGGAACACAGUGCUGGACUACUACCCACAAAGCAGACGUCGCCGGAACACAGUGCAGGACUACUACCCACAAAGCAGUCGUCGCCGGAACACAGUGCUGGACUACUACCCACAAAGCAAACGUCGCCGGAACGCAGUGCAGGACUACUACCCACAAAGCAGUCGUCGCCGGAACACAGUGCUGGACUACUACCCACAAAGCAGACGUCGCCGGAACUCAGUGCAGGACUACUACGUAGACGUGGUGGUGAUGAUUGACUACAAACGCUACUCCAAGUUCUUAGCACAAGCGAACUACAAUAACUUCACGGCAAUGCAGACUAUUCUAGAGUACUAUGCUUUAGUAUUUAGUGGGGCCGAUAUGCUGUAUGAAGGCAUCAAACAUCUAGAGUAUACGAUUCAUAUUCUUCUGAGUAAAGUAUACGUUUUUCAGCAUUGA